GUUUUCUACUGCAAAGAAAAUGGCUGACGCUAUUGCUCUCGCUCGUGAACGCCUCGCGGCCAAGUUCGGUGACGUCCGUACGGGCGGCAAGGGCACGGUGCGCCGAAAGCGCAAGGCCGCCCACAAGACGGCCACGGCGGACGACAAGAAGCUCGGCGCCACCCUCAAGAAGCUGGGCGUGACCCCCAUCCCCGGCGUGGAGGAGGUGAACCUCUUCAAGGCCGACGGCCAGGUCAUCCACUUCCAGGCCCCCAAGGUGCAGGCCUCGAUCGCGUCUAACACGUACGCCGUGAGCGGCUUCAACCAGACCAAGUCGCUGCAGGAGCUGCUGCCGGGCAUUAUCAACCAGCUGGGCCCGGACAACCUCGCCAACCUGAAGCAGAUCGCCGAGUCGUACACGGCCGCUCAGAAGGCCGCCAAGGCCGCGUCAGCCGCCGCCGCUGACGACGACGACGACGAGGUCCCGGACCUUGUGGACAACUUCGAGGACGUUAGCCAGCAGGACUAAGAAACGCGCGACGAGCGCGGCAGCCUGCAUCCAUGGAGAGGGGACGAUGACCCAGUGAGGAGUAAAUGACGAGCGAAUGGCCCAGCAUGUCUGCGUUUGUUGGAUGUCUGUCUCCGUAUCCGCACGACAGUUCCCGUCGUGGGUUGUCGCCUUCUUAGCCGCUCGAGGAUGCAGGUCGCCGCUGUCCGCCGACGCCGCCUUUGGUGUCCUAUAGGUUUCGCAUCAAGGAGCGUAAUUUCUUAAGAGAAUCCCAGUACUACUAGUACGCCAGGCAUAACAUCAGUGCAGUUGUGGAGUA